UCCAAUGCACCACUCUCACACCUCCACCGCUAUUCUAUUCACUCUCAACUAGUCUCACCUAUCCUAUUACAUUAAUAUUAUUAUUAUAUCAUAUUCCCACUUAAUAUUAUAUUUUCUUUUAUUUUCAUUUCUUCACACUCACAAAAUUAAUUCCCUAAUCUAUAUACACUACGACCAUUAUUCUUUUCAUAUAAUCCUUUUCUUAAUCUUUGCAUCACUAACUACCGAACCUCAGUUUCUGAUUUAUUGGAUGGUUUUGUUGUAUUCCUAUUGGGGCUUGGGAUUAGGGCUAAAGAAUAUCUCUGGUUUGUUUGAAGCAUGUCGCCGGUGGCCGACGAUGGUUCCCUGUAUUCAUUUGCGGUGGAGUACGAUGGACCGCCGCUAGGCUACGAUCUUCCUCGUGCAGUGCCCAUAAGCGUCGACGACAUUCCGGUGGCUGCAGUGGUUUCUCAGGUUCCUCUCUCUGAUACUCUCUCUUUGCCGGUUGUGCAGCCGCUCCUACCACCCCAACAUCAUCAUCAUCAUCACAAUCACAAUGUCAAGGAGCUUAGAACACUCGGCUCCGGACCUAGGGUUUCUAAAGAACUUGAAUUAGCUUCCGAAAGAACAGUGUCUCCCACUUCUGUGAUUGCCUUUGAGAACAGAGCUUCGCAGAGCAACGUUUGUGAGCUCUCCGGCGAAUUGAGUAGCUCCGGAGGGUUCGAGUUCGAGUUAUCGAAUGGGAAUGAUGGCUCUGGCGAAUUUUCUGAUGUGGUGGGUGAUAGUUCGAGUUGUCGAAUGGGAAUGCUUGAAGAAUCAAGCUCACGUGAGUUACCAGAGGGACCUAGAAUUGGAGCAGGAACAGGAACUGAAACUAGAAGCAUAAGCUCCAGCAACGUGGAGUUUUGGGACAAGUCAGGGAGAAGCUCGAGUGGUGCGUUGAGGGUUUCGAGUGGUGGAAAAGGGAGUUUGGAUUUCAAUGAGUUAAACCAACAAGAUUGGGGAUCCAAUGAGUCUGUGUUGAGUUUAGAGUAUCCAUCAACUCGGGUUUCUUCUUUGAAGGCUGAGGAUUGCGAUGCUAGACGUCCCCCUCUUGUCACUUUCAAUGUGGACUCUGAUGAUGCUUUGGAUGAGGGGUUUGAUAUGGAGGAUACUGUAACUCGACCGGUUAAAAGGGAACCUCUGACAAAGGGAAAGAAAGGGUCGUGUUAUAGAUGCUUCAAGGGGAAUAGGUUCACGGAGAAGGAGGUUUGCCUUGUUUGUGAUGCAAAGUAUUGUAGUAAUUGUGUGCUCAGAGCCAUGGGGUCAAUGCCCGAAGGUCGGAAAUGUGUUACUUGCAUUGGAUUUCCGAUUGACGAGUCCAAACGAGCGAAUUUGGGGAAAUUCUCUUGGAUGCUCAAGCGGUUGCUUAAUGACUUGGAGGUUCGACAGAUAAUGAAGGCCGAGAAGUUUUGUGAAGUAAAUCAGCUUCCACCUGAAUACAUUUGUGUGAAUGGGAAGCCACUUUCUUAUGAGGAACUGAUUACGUUGCAGAACUGUCCAAACCCUCCAAAGAAGCUAAAGCCAGGAAACUAUUGGUAUGAUAAAGUAUCUGGUCUUUGGGGGAAGGAAGGACAGAAGCCUUCCAGAAUUAUAAGUCCCCAUCUGAAUGUUGGAGGCCCCGUCCAACCGGAUGCUAGCAAUGGAAACACUCAGAUUUUCAUUAAUGGUCGGGAAAUAACAAAAGUAGAGCUUCGGAUGUUACAGUUGGCAGGAGUUCAGUGUGCUGGCAACCCACAUUUUUGGGUCAAUGAGGAUGGUUCCUACCAAGAAGAGGGACAGAAGAAUACAAGAGGGUAUAUAUGGGGAAAGGCCGGAACGAAGCUUGUAUGUGCUUUCCUGUCCCUGCCAGUUCCUUCUAAAUCUUCAAGUUCUUGUGGAGAACAACACUCCAAUCUGGCUAGCAGAACAAAUCCUGACUACCUCGAGCAUGGAAUAGUUCAGAAGCUUCUCUUGGUUGGUUGCAGUGGAUCUGGAACGAGCACUAUCUUUAAGCAGGCCAAGAUGCUUUACAAAAGCAUCCCCUUCUCAGAAGAUGAGCAUGAAAAUAUAAAGUCGACCAUUCAGAGCAAUGUUUAUGCCUACCUUGGCAUACUCCUUGAGGGUCGUGAGCGUUUUGAAGAUGAAAGUUUGGGGGAUUUAAAGAAAAGGCAAUAUUCUGUACUUGAUACCACAGGUAGGAGAACCAGUCCAAAACUUGAUGAUAAGACAAUAUAUUCCAUUGGCCCAAGGCUUAAAGCAUUCUCUGAUUGGUUGCUGAAAACUAUGGUAGCAGGCAAACUUGAUGCUAUCUUUCCAGCUGCUACUCGUGAAUAUGCACCAUUGAUUGAGGAGUUGUGGAAUGAUGCAGCCAUUAAGGCCACAUACGAAAGAAGAAGUGAAUUAGAAAUGCUGCCUAGUGUUGCCAGUUAUUUCUUAGAGCGGGCUGUUAAGAUAUUAAGGACUGAUUAUGAACCCUCAGAUUUAGAUAUCCUCUAUGCUGAGGGAGUUACUUCAUCCAAUGGGCUGGCUUGUGUGGAGUUUUCAUUUCCCCAAUCGGCUACUAAGGAAACUGUUGACAGUGCUGAUCGACAUGAUUCUAUGGUUAGGUAUCAACUAAUCAGAGUGCAUGCAAGGGGGCAAGGAGAAAAUUGCAAGUGGCUAGAGAUGUUUGAGGAUGUUGAAAUGGUCAUCUUCUGUGUCGCCUUGAGUGACUAUGAUCAGUUUUCUGUCGAUGGAAAUGGUUGUCUCACUAACAAGAUGACAUUGAGCAUGAAGUUUUUUGAAACCAUUGUCACUCAUCCAACUUUUGAGCAAAUGGACUUCCUGUUGAUAUUAAACAAAUUUGAUCAGUUUGAGGAGAAAAUCGAACAAGUUCCUCUGACUAAGUGUGACUGGUUCUCUGAUUUUCAUCCAAUGAUUAGCCGCAGUGGCACCAACAGCAAUAGCAACAGCAUUAAUAAUAAUCCAUCCCUCGGUCAGCUGGCUUCUCAUUACAUAGGGGUUAAGUUUAAAAAGCUUUAUUCAUCUCUUACAGGGCGAAAGUUGUAUGUGUCCCUGGUGAAAGGGUUGGAGCCUCGUAGUGUUGAUGCUGCACUUAAAUACGCCAAGGAAAUUUUGAAGUGGAACGAAGAGAGACCAAACUUUAGCUUAAGUGAGUACUCGAUGUAUAGCACUGAGGGGAGCUCAUUCUCUCAUUGAUUGCUAAUUUAGGUAAGAGUUGAAAGUCAUGCUUGUGUAUGACUUGAAUUCUGUCUGUGUACAUAUAUUGCUAACUGGGUGUAACGGGGAACAUUCAUUCUACAAGCUAUCGACUUGUAAGAUGCACUAGACACGGUAGGUAAGGUUUCAAGCGGAUAGGGUAUGCUGGUGAGUCAGUCAGCGCAUGCCACACAAAUCAAGGUGUAAUGAUUAAUAUAUAUAUUAUUUUUUC